AUGGGCAUUGUCAUCUACGGUGCCAGCAAGGCAACUUGCACCCAACGCAUUCUCGCUACCUUUAUCGAAAAGGGUGUGACCGACUAUGAGUUGAAGACCAUCAACUUAAUGCAAGGAGAGCAUAAGAAACCCGAGUACCUGGCCAAACAUCCUUUUGGUGUCAUUCCCUUUAUGGAAGAUGGCAAUUUCUCGUUGCAUGAAUCACGAGCCAUUUCCUACUACAUUGCAGCGAAAUAUGCCAAUCAAGGUGUAAAACUUCUCCCUAAUCCCACGGACCUUAAGGGAAUGGCAACCUUUGAGAAAUGGGCCAGUGUUGAGAGAGACAAUUUUGAUAACUAUGCUCUUCCAAUUGCCAUUGAGAAAGUCUUCAAACCUAUACGUGGCGCUAGCCCAGAUCCCAAACUGGUCGAGCACUAUGAAAAGGGCCUCUUGCCCAAAUUGGAUGUCUUUGAUGGCAUUCUUGCAAAGCAAAAGUACAUGGGCGGAGAUGAGUUUUCGCUCGUUGAUAUUUAUUACUUGCCGUAUACUCAGAAACUUUUUGAUGCCGGUUAUGGACAUUUCAUUACUGACAGGCCCAAUGUCAAGGCGUGGUGGGAGCGAGUCAGCGGACGGGAAUCAUGGCAGAAGGUUCUCGCUAUGUAG